AUGGGUUGGUUCGGAGGUUCGAAUACACAAGCUCCACCGUCAAAAGUCUCUGUGGUGUCAGAGUACCAGGAGCCGAAACCGCAGCAGUAUCUAGAAGACCUACCUCCCAAAUUCGAGGAUGUUGAACCACCUCGAAGGCCGCCACCAUCACCUUCAUCAUCGUCACUGCUGCUGCUGCUGCUGCCACUGUCACAGGAAAAGCCUACGCUUGCAGAUGCAGCGAGAACGAUUUCUUGGUCCGACUUUACCGUGGAGCGGUACAUCAACAUGCCAUGUUUUCGAGAAGCCAUGAUCACUGGGUUCCAAGCAAUGGGGGUAUUGGGAGUUGUCACAUUCUUGGUCCACAAAAACGUUAAGAAAUCGCUCAAUUGGUCCGUGGGCGGGUUCUUUUUGGGCAAUUUGGUUGGAUGGGAACAGUGCAGGAGUCUUAGGAGAAGAUCUUUUGAGAUGGUAGAAAAGGCAAAGAGGGACAAGGAGGAAAGAAAUAGGAAGAAACUUGAGGCGAUGGUCAAGGGCCAACUGGAUCAAAGCGAUCUUGAAAAGUUUGAAGAUUUCAACAAUCGGAGUAAAUAG